AUGAAGAAGAAGAAUGUAAAUGAUUCAAAUAAGGAAGCUCCGAAGUCUAAAGGAGGGAAUGAAAAAGAACCAAUGGUAAGUAAGGAAAUGGUUGAUAAAGAAGGAGAUCCGAAGGUGGUUGAGAAUGAUGAAUUCCAAAGUUAUCCGUUACCUACCAUGAAGGUUCCCCCUUCAUUCCCUCAAAAGCUAAAAAAGAAAGAGUACAAUGCCAAAUUCAAGAUGUUCCUUUCUAAGCUUAGCAAUCUAUCAAUUAAUAUCCCAUUGUUAGAAGCCAUUCAAGAGAUUUUGGGAUAUGCUAAGCUUAUGAAGAAGUUGGUAUCAAAGAAAUAUCUUAUUGAUGGUAAAACUAUACAAAGUACUGAUGGGUGUAGCGCUAUCAUGACUAGCACUAUAGAAGAGAAUAAAGAGGAGCCUGGGGCCUUUACAAUACCUUGCACUAUAGGUAGACAUAAGUUUGAAAGAGCCUUGUAUGACCUUGGUGCAAGCAUCAAUCUCAUGCCCUAUGUGGACCGCUUUAUUCUUCCAACAGACUUCAUUGUUCUUGAUUGUGAGAUAGACCAAGAUAUACCUAUUAUCCUUGGACGACGUUUCCUAGCAAUCCGAAGAGCUAUUGUUGAUAUGGAGUUAGGAGAAAUAAACUUUUGGGUCCAAGAUAAUGAUGUGUCCUUUCAAGUAUACAAGACCAAGAUACAAUACAUAGAACUACAAGUGGUGUCUGUCAUUGAUUUAGUAGGCAUAAAGGUGAAUGAUGGGUCCCUUGAGGAUCAAACUUAA